UUUUUUUUUUUUUUUUGAAAUAGUUUCAUGCUCAACUUAUAUGAUUCUCUGAUUAUAAAGAAAUCAAUUACAGUAUUUUCAAAACAGACUGACCUCCCAAAUGUGUUUUCAAUUAGUUAAACUUACGCAAUGAUAAACAAUGUUUUCAAUGUUUACUCAAGUGAUAUUGUUUGAUGUGAAGCGUAGCUAUUUUGUGAGAGGAAGAAGAAAUUCGAAAGCGGUAUGGAGGUAUGUUGUUCAUUCAAGACGAUUGUUGGUGGAAUAUGUGGUUCAGAUAGUYGAGACCAGAAACAAGAGGUUCAUGUCAUCCCACUGGUGUCCUGUUCAAGAGAUAUAACUAAGCAUUUAGCGUCUUUUGGGUUUUCUGGGCCUGAAAAUGAGGUAGACUUGAUAUUGUCCCGGGCUGCCAUAUUUACAGCACCAGAAAAUGCGAAAGAUAUGACUAUAUGCCCGUUCCAUCGCGGGAAACUUGGGCUAGGCUGGACAAGAGGUGCGAGUACACAAUGUAGAGUGCCUCCGGCUUUGUCGCAGCACAGCACUACCACGAAGAAGAAAAAUUGGCCUAAGGGCGAAAGAGGGUUAGGGAAAUAUGAUUCCCUACAUGUAUUACAAAAGACUGGCGUGUUUAUUCAGUGUGGCUCAGGAGUAUGCAGAAAAUGUAGAGAACUGCUCAAGAAUCUUUACACGUUAGAUGUUGAUGAGCUAGAAUAUCAAUUGAAGAAAACAACUUUGGAUGAUGAUGAGGACGAUGAAGUCAUUUUCAAGACACCUAGGCACAAAAGUAAUCCAGUUCUUCGAACUCCCCAAAGUGCAAUGGCUUCAACGGUCUUUUCUCCUUCAGAAUUUUCUCAAGUUUCUGAACUCUCGCAGAUGGAAGAUCCUGUCAUCAUUUCGCCUCGAGAAAAGUUGAAUGCGUUUCUUGCUUCUAGAGACGUAAGCCCCAUCAGGACAUCGAUGACCACUCCAUGGGAUGCAGCUGCAGAGCGGACAAAAAGACAUUACAUACGAAAAGCUAAGCAAGUCAUUCACGCUGCGCUUGAAGAAAUUGCACCCGAAAAUUCUGAAGAGCUGUUAAGUGCCGUGAAAGAAAGAGCUAUGGGGGAAGAAAUUGACUUGGAUUCAACACUUCUAGAAGCACUGGUUGAAUGCUACGAAAAUGCAAGUCACUGGAGCAGCCGAAGACAGAUCCUCUCCAUCAUUGCUGAUAAAAUCAGUUUCCCAACCCUGCAAAAAUGGAUCCCUGGCAUAUCAAGAUAUCGUUUUACCAUCGCACGCCACCAUCUUUUGCUCCAUGGAAGAGGAUCUGAAGUUCCUCAACGCGACCAACAUCAAACGCGAAUGAGGGCUUCACCAGAACAGCUGGACCAUUUUUUAGCGUUCAUAACAAGUUCAAGAGCUACCCAAGACUUGCCAUUUGGGGAAAAAACUCUAAAACUUUCAUCUGGUACUGAAAUCAAGAUCCCAAAUGUGAUAAGAACCUCCAUUCCAGAGCAGAUUGUGAAGCAGUAUGAGCGCUAUUGCAUCGAAACUGGAUUCAGUUCCCCUCUUAGUCGAAGCAGCAAUCUAAGGAUACUGAAAGUGUGCUCGGCAUCGAUGCGCAAAUCUCUUCAGGGGCUUGACUAUUUUUCUGCUGAUGGGGCCAAGGCCUUUGAUGAUUUACAAGAAAUUGUCGAGAAACUUGGAGACUGCUAUCAAAGAGGAAUGUCAUGGUCUAAAGAAAUAUCGUCGAUGCUGAAACUGGCAAAGCGCUACUUAAAAGGGGAUUAUAAGGUGCACAUAUCAUCAAGUUCAAGGGUUCCUGAUCACUGUCGUCCCUAUGCCCUAAGUCAUUCAACUGAUCCAGACUAUUUGAAUUCCUGCAAGCAUAAACAUGAUCUGAGUUGCGACAGGUGCAACACAUUUCCUGCUGCUGUACAAGCAAUAGAGUCAGCUUUGGACGAGGAUGACAUUCCCCUUGAAGAAAAAGAAGAAAUGAAAUUCAUCGUAGCCCAAGCAAGGAAAAAUAUCGAAGCGUGGAAAGCCCAUUUACUACGAUCUGUCAACCAGGAUGAGGCCCGCUUAGAUAUUAUUGAUAAACUGGAUGACUUUUCAGUGCUUGUUGUCUUGGAUUGGGCAAUGAAGUUCAUCCCCAGAAGGUACCGUGAAAGCCAGGCCGACUGGUUCGGCAAAAGAGGAAUGUCUUGGCACGUCAGCGUAGCGAUGAGAAAGGUAGAUGGUAAACUACAAAACCUAACCCUCGUGCAUGUGUUCGACAAGAGCAACCAGGAUAGCUUCCAGGAUAGCUUGUUUGUGAUAGCAGUUAUAGUUGACGUCAUUCUCCAGUUGAGACGUGCAAUGCCAGACCUGAAAUCCGUCAGCUUUAGACAAGAUAACGCUGCCUAUUAUCACAGCUCUCCAACCAUACUUGGAGUUCAAAACCUCGCCAGGAAGCACAAAGUGGACGUGCGAAUGGAUUUUUCAGAUCCUCAAGGAGGCAAAGGUCCCUGCGAUCGCAAAGCUCUGCUGUACUGA